GAAAUUGUUACUAUGGCAACAAAAGGAAGCGUUAUUGAAAUUACCUCAGAGUAAAGCUAGCAGGUCUACGCCUCUCUUUUUUUACUGUGUACAUGUAACAUUUGUAGGAUUUCCUUCACACAGUGUAAGCCGUAGUAGGUCAUGUUAACUAAGUACGUAGCUAGCUAGUUACAGUGAGUUAGAACGCAAGAAGGUGCUAGAUCCUCCAGAAGACUGCUAUCCAUCGCUACCGCUAUUAGCUACAUUGAGACUACCGCCACGUCUUGACAAGACUCUUGUCUGCCCACCCGGCUACUGAUCCUUUCAAUGGCUGCUGCAAAAAAACGUACUCUAUCGGGCAUCGAAGAUGUGGGAGACAGAAAAGCAAAGGUUAUUAAAGACAGCGGUGAGAAGAGACACAUCGCAGCCCUGAUCCUCGCGAGGGGAGGCAGUAAGGGGAUCCCUCUGAAGAAUAUCAAAGUUCUCGCCGGUGUCCCGCUCAUUGGAUGGGUUCUGAGAGCUGCAGUGGACUCCAAACAGUUUGACAGUGUGUGGGUAUCAACUGACCAUGAUGACAUUGAGAAGGUAGCCAAGGCAUGGGGAGCUCAGGUUCACCGCAGGAGCCCAGAGGUGUCCAAAGACUCCUCCAGCUCUCUCGACACCAUCCAGGAAUUUGUCCGAUUAAACCCAGAGGUGGAUGUGAUCUGUCACAUCCAGGCCACGUCUCCCUGCCUGCACCCCUUCCACCUGAAGGAGGCCCUGGAGAUGAUCACCAAGCAGGGCUUCACGUCCGUCUUCUCCGUGGUCCGACAACACCACUUCCGCUGGCAGGAGGUGAAGAAAGGAGGUAGUGUAGCCACCCAGUCUCUGAACUUAGACCCUUCUAACAGGCCCCGGAGACAGGACUGGGAUGGAGAGCUGUGUGAGAACGGAUCUUUCUACAUUUAUACCAGAGCGACGAUAGAGAGAGGCCUGCAGGGGGGGAGGUGGGCUUACUAUGAGAUGCUGCCAGAGUACAGUGUGGAUAUUGAUGUGGAUAUCGACUGGCCCGUGGCAGAACAGAGAGUACUGAGGUUUGGUUACUUUGGUCUGGACAAGCCUGAGGUGGUGCGUCUGCUGCUGUGUAACGUCUCCGGCUGUCUGACUGACGGCCGCGUCCUCAUCUCUGUCUCUGGAGAGGAGAUGGUCUCAGUCAACACCAGAGAUACUAUGGGUAUCCGCAUGCUGCAGAGAGAGGGGGUGGAGGUGAUCCUGAUCUCGUCCAGUGAGGACCUUCUGACCAAGGCCCUGGCUGACAAUCUGUCCCAGAGGACAGGCUGCGAGGUCAGACAGCUGGGCAAGGACAUCCAGUGUGAAGUCAAAGCCAUGAUGGACGACAAGGAUCUGGACUGGAAGGAGGUCGCCUAUAUGGGUAAUGAUGCACCAGAUGUUGACUAUCUGAACCUGGCUGGGCUGAGUGCAGUACCCCGGGACGCCCCAGUGGUGGCGAUCAACGCUGCUAAAUACUCCUGCCGCUGUGCUGCAGGCCUGGGGGCUGUGAGGGAGUUUUCUGAACACAUCCUGCUGCUCAAGAAGAAGGCCAAGUCUCAGAUGGAACAGGACCGCAUCCACAGAAAUACAUUCUAAAUGCUAGAAUGUGUUCUAAAGUCACAGAGCUCCAUUCUAAACUCUAGAAUGUGUUCUAAAGUCACAGAGAUCCAUUCUAAACUCUAGAAUGUGUUCUAAAGUCACAGAGAUCCAUUCUAAACUCUAGAAUGUGUUCUAAAGUCACAAAGAUCCAUUCUAAACUCUAGAAUGUGUUCUAAAGUCACAGAGAUCCAUUCUAAACUCUAGAAUGUGUUCUAAAGUCACAAAGAUCCAUUCUAAACUCUAGAAUGUGUUCUAAAGUCACAAAGAUCCAUUCUAAACUCUAGAAUGUGUUCUAAAGUCAGAGAACCAUUCUAAACUCUAGAAUGUGUUCUAAAGCAGGCAUGGGCAAACGUUUUGGCUUGAGGGCCAAACAGAUUUUUGGGGGGAUUGAUUUGUUUGUCGAAAUCCUUUUCUUAAAAUCAGUUAUUUUAAAAUAUAUAGGUCCAUUAUAAUUUCUAUCUAGUUUUUGACAUUCAUGACCUGGAGUGUUUUCUUACACAGAAUAAUAAUUUCCUGCCAAGAAACAUUCUCAUUCUAAACUUCACAUGUAAACUGGAAGAGUUGCAUUCUCAAUUGCAUACUCCUCGCAUCCACUCUCCUUCUCUUCCCUCUGAUCUUCUCCAAUGGUUUUUGAGAAGGAGACAAGGAGAGAGGACUUGAGGAAUAUGCAAUUGAGAACAUCCCCUUGUCAUUCAUUGUCAUGUAAAAAAAGGAGUUGACAAGAAAGCAGUAACAGACUGACACUCAGGAUAUUGCAUUCUAAUCUGCAUUCUAUCAAUCAGACAAACACUCUGCCUAAUGUUCUGUCCAGGCAUGAGUUCAAAGUGACAAUAAAUCUUAUUAUCAUCUCUCUACUUUCUCUGUGGUUCUAGAAAGAAGUAUAUUUACUCACUUUCAUGCACUUGCCUCAGGCUGAAAUGGUUUUUACAGGUUGUCAGGUCAGUGUAGUUUGGGUUUUAUAUCACUACACGUUGUGCUGACAAAUACAGUAUGUACUUUUUAAAUUGUCUUUGUUUUAAUUAAAUGAAGUAUUGUCACGUUCCUGACCUAUUUAUGUUAGUUUUUGUGUGUUAGUUGGUCAGGACGUGAGGUUGGGUGGGCAUUCUAUGUUAUCUGUUUCUAUGUUGGUUUUGGUUUGCCUGGUAUGGCUCUUGAUUAGAGGCAGGUGGUUUGCGUUUGCCUCUAAUUAAGAGUCAUAUUUAGGUAGGGCAUUCUCACUGUUUGUUUGUGGGUGAUUGUCUCCUAUGUCUGUAUGUACGUUCGUACCACAUGGGACUGUAGCGUUUGUUUGUUUCGUUUCGAUGUCGUCCGUUUCCUGUACGUAAGUUUAUGUUUAGUUAUGUAAGUUUAUGUUCAGGUUUCGUUCAACGUCGUUUUCUUGUUUUGUAGUUUGAAAGUGUUUUGUUUCGUUUCGUGUUGCCAUCAUAUUGUAUAAUAAAGAUGGCUUAUUUCCCAAAGCCUGCGUUUUGGUCUUCAGAUCCCUCUCUCCUCACCUCAUCCGAGGAUGAGGAGAGCGUCACUCAUUACAGAAUCACCCACCAACACGCUAAGACCAAGCGGCAAGGGAAAACGAAACGGAGUAGGGGACAGGAGAGAAAGGAGCAAUGGACAUGGGACGAUGUUUUGGAUGGAAAGGGUGUCUACACAUGGGAGGAGAUCCUAGCUGGUAGAGAUCGCCUCCCAUGGGAACAGCUGGAGGCACUGAGGAGAGCGGAGGCUACCGGAGAGAGGAACCGGAGCUAUGAGGGAACGCGUCUGGCACGGAAGCCAAAAAAGCCCGUAAGUAAUUCCCAAAAAUUUCUUGGGGGGGGGCUAGGAGAUAGUGGGCCAAGGGCAGGUAGGAGACCUGCGCCCACUUCCCAGGCUUACCGUGGAGAGCGGGAGUACGGGCAGGCGCCGUGUUACGCAGUAGAGCGCACGGUGUCUCCUGUACGAGUGCAUAGCCCAGUGCGGGUUAUUCCACCUCCCCGCACUGGGAGGGCUAGAUUGGG